AAUAGAUUAAGCCCAAUAACGAAAGGCCCAUUAAUAAGGAUGACCCAAAAGGAUCCGAUAAUCUGACCCGCCAAGUAAUAUUUAACGGCCCUCCGUCAAAGCCGUUUCUCUUCUCUUCUCUUCCACCACUUAAGUUAACGUCACUGGUCCGUUGACAAACAGACCUGUGUGGCUGUGAGCCCUGUGACUGGUCAGUGUGGGAAGAAAGAAGAUAAUGCAGACUCAGCUUCUGGUUGGACCCAUCCCACUCAAGGGCUGCCGUCGAUUCUCAUCCUCCUCCUUCUACGGCGAUCUCCUCCCUCCGUCGUCUAAAUAUUUCGGCCGAGACCUACAACAACACCACCACCACCACCGUCGAAGGCACCGCGACGGCAGAUCUCGCUCUCACCGUAAUCGCUCGAAAACCACAAUUACUUCUGCCGCGUAUUCUUCUUCGUCUUCGGCUUCUAAUACCGGCGGCGGACAGAGCCACUACGCUGUUUUGGGGGUAGCUCGUUACGCCACACAAGUUGAUAUCAAGAAAGCUUAUCGCCUGCUCGCUCGAAAGUUCCAUCCUGAUGUGAAUAAGGACUCUAGAGCCGGAGAGUUAUUCAAGACCAUUCGUUGUUCCUACGAAGUACUUUCUAAUGAAGCUGCAAGGACUCAGUACGACCGAGCACUUAAAGUUGAAGAGAAUGCAAGGUUCCACAGAGUGAAAAGGCAAAACUACACCCCUGAGGUUGAAGAUGCCAUGAAGUAUUACUACAGCUGGGCUGAGAAAAGACAAAGAUCCAGACACGAGAGGUUCCACGGACACUAUUCUACAUAUCCAAAGUCACAUUUCUACGCUGAGACCGAGCCACUAGAAGAAGACGAAGCAGAAGAAGUAGGAAGAGCACAAGACCAGCGAGACUCCUUUGUCGAAUCUCUAAAAUCCACCUUCUUAUCGAUGUUUCUUCUUUACUCGCUCGGCUGUCUAGCAUCUCUCACAUUUAGCACGUUCACGGCUUUGCUCGACAAGGAACUCGACAUGGGUUACAAAGUUGGUUUCAUGAUCGCAUGGAUACUAGGUGGAAAAGGUGGCAUCCUUCUCACUCUGUGUCUAACGUUCGCAAGCUGGCUGUGUGGGAAAGCAAGCAGCAGCGUUGUGGUUCUUGUGGUAGUGGCGAUGUGGGUUGGCUCCAAUUUAGCUAGACAUGCUCCUCUUCCACAAGGUGCUCUUCUCACCCUCCUCUACAUGUCAAUUAAGCUUCAAGUCGACUCAACCUGAAUCGUAUUCUACCGCAGCUUCUUCACUACGUUAGGUUGUAAAUAGCUAAAUUACUUGUUCUCAAGUCCAAUAUCCCUUGAGAUAAGAUGUGUUCAAUGGUCUGGAGAAAGAUUGAAUAGUAAAAGAGAAGAAAUUGCUUGAAAAAGUUACAAAAGACUCCAUUUUCAUUGUUUUCCAAGAUUACAAAUCAAUUAAUCAAUCAAAGUUACAAAA